ACCAAAACCAUUAUUUCUCCAUGGUCAUUCUCGGAUCAUCGUCGUACUAGGGAUUAGCAUUAGGAGAGAGAUGGACAUAAUAUCGCAGUUGCAGGAACAAGUGAAUACAAUAGCUGCUUUAACCUUCAACACAUUUGGGACACUGCAAAGGGACGCUGCUCCAGUCAAACUCUCUCCCAAUUACCCAGACCCGCCUCCUGCUCCGAUUCCGGCUCCCGACGAUGCUACCAAGUUCGACGAACAACCCAAGCUCAUGAGUGCGGCUCUCGUUAAGGCCGCUAAACAGUUUGAUGCAUUGGUGGCAGCACUUCCGUUGCCCGAUGGAGGUGAAGAAGCGCAGCUGAAAAGGAUUGCAGAACUUCAGGCUGAAAAUGAUGCUGUGGGUCAAGAACUCCAGAGGCAACUAGAAGCUGCAGAGAAUGAACUAAGACAAGUGCAGGAACUGUACAGCCAAGCGGCAGAUAAUUGUCUGAAUUUGAAGAAACCAGAUUAAGAAGGAACGAAUUGCCAGUAAUUGUUUAAUUGGAGCCACAUAAUUGUGUCUCUUAAAGAGACCAAAUCGAGAUCUGACUAGACUCACUUUUUCUCACUUUUUCACUGCCGGAUGCCUAAUAAUUGUAUUUUCUUAGAUGAUUAAAAUCAAGAUCGGAGUAGAGACUCUCCUUUUCACAUUUUCUUGUAAUUGAUUCAUUGCUCUAUGAAUAUAUAUAUAUAUAUAUAUAUAUGUGCUAUCUUCGAUCUAGCUUGUUUUAGAUGUGUGGACUGGAUGGCUCAAUGUACCAUGGUUGUACUAUUUGGAGUAAAUUUGUAUAACAAGUUCAUAAUUUCAUUUUUA